UACCACUUUCAUUUCCACUUACUGUUCCUUAUCAUAAGCUCACUAACUCCUCCGGUAUCGACUGGACUGAUUUCUUUCCCCCAUUACACUCUUCCCGUCCCCGCAGAGGUCGCAUCUCCUUUUCCUCUGUCGCGUCAACUGGUUCGUGUGGCGUCUGUUUCCUUUUUUGAGGGGAUCCUUGUCCUAACACGUCUUGCCCCCCGAUUUUACUCUUCUUUCUUUUGAUUUAUUUUAUUUUAUUUCUUCCUUAAUCUUCUUACUUUCUUUUCUACAUUCUUUUUACGGAUAGAUUCAGUCCCAUCAUCAGUAGCCAUGGGUAUUCCGAUGUUCCACGAGUCCACCUCCGCCGAGGUCCCCAAGAGCAACCCUAUCAAAGACCCCUGCGCCGCCGCGCGCUCGACCAUCCGUCGCCAGGGCGCAAUUCACCGCCAGGCGCGUCCGGGUUCCGCCUUACGAAGCGCAACUCUCCGGCCUCCUUUCCCUCGCCCGCUAGCAGAUGAGAUCGAGCGGGAAGCGAGUGGGUUACAGCGUCCAGUUCGCUCUCCAUUCCCUGACUCUAGUUACGGCGAGGAUCUCUUUGAUCUGGCGAAUGGUUUUGUGGAUUCGAGCAGCCAGUCGACCGGUCAGCGGUUGCUUAACGAGGUGCUCCGCCAUAGCCGCCCGACCCAGCGGCUGAGGUUGCCACGCAUUCGUCCGCUGCUUCGUGACGAAGUCGCUAGUGGACAGCCCGAUCUUCAAUCGCCCAAUUUCACGCCGCGCUUCGCGCCCGCGGUUGCGUAUAGUCGAACGGAAUCUCCGCGCCCGCAGUCACAUCCCCCUCCGCACCCGCACCCGCACCCGGAGGUCCUUCGUCUAUCUCCGUUCCCUCGACCGGGAGGCGAUGUCUCUGUCGGGUCGACAGUGCCCCUGCUACGACAAGUCGGUCAACGAUCCAUCAACGAACCGAACGGCCCCAACCGCGACACGGCCAUCGACGGUCUUGGGGAUCGCCAACGAAGUGUUAGCCCAGAUGAUGACCAUGCCAACAAUGCGUGGGAGACCCUAUUGACAACAAUCACCCCGGACGCCAACCUUCCCAGCGCCGAUUCCUCCUUCACCUCCGCUUCUGCAUCGGGAACGAACGCAUCGACCAACGGGACGUCCAGGAGUUCUGCCACCUCCUUUGGAAACCUCCCCAGCUCUCUAGACCCCAGCGCCGCAACAGUGCAUAUGGUGCUGGACCCUUAUCCGGAACUAUCCAACCCCUGCGAUUACAGCUCCACCGACUCCGACUCGGACUCGGAGUCCGGGUUCGACUUGACUCACCAGUCUCUGUACCGGCGCUACCGUCGCAUGCGCCGCAUGGACGCUAUGCGACGCGCUCAGAAUCUCAACUCAGCCAUGAACACCCAACCUCCUAUCCCUGCCUUCUCUUUCGCACUCUCCGAUUCAUCCACCGACCCAGAUCUGCAGCAGAUGCAUGCGAUCCUGGACCGCCUUGCUCGGCGGGAGGACAUUCCCGAGAAUUGGUGGGCGGCAGCUGGCCUGUCGCGCAUCAUUGGCCAUCGACUCGGCGCAGAAGCAAACGAGUCUUCCAACGGCUCGGACCGCCCUGAACCGAGACGUUGAAACGCAUGCCUUUCUCCAUCUUAC